AGCACACUCAUCAGAGAAAUUCCAGCUCUAUAAGCAUUCAUAACCUUAUCACUCUGGUUUUCCGUCUAAUAUAUAAUUCUCAGUCUGCCUACAGACCUCUUUUGCUCACAUUGCUAUACCCUACAAUACCGCUUAUAUUAAAUAUGAGAGUUUCAGCAACAGUUCCCCUCCUAUUUUUUGCUAUCGCCUCCUAUGUCAACGCCAAGCCCGGCGAUAUCCCUGUGAAUCCUGCCCUGGAGUUCACACCGGGCCUCAGCUCUCCCCAAUCCUGCGUCAAGGCUCCGAACGGCGACAUAUGCCCGCCGAAACUCAUGAAUGGGAACUUGAUCGUGACACCGCUGAACCUCCACCUGACCGAAGAGUUCCCGGAUAAGCCUCCCUCGCUCCCCUUCAAUACCUUUCGUGUCGGAUUCGGAAUGGCGCCAAACAUAAGUGAAGAGACCACACUCUCGGUAUUCGACUUUCCCGGGGGCAUGGAAAGCAAUAACUGCAGCUUCCACAUUGUGACAAACGAUGGCGACAACCUCGCCCAUGAGGUGCUCUAUUCUGUCUGGAGACUAAAGGACAACGGCAAGGACGUUAGUAUGCAGACGACAUGGAACACAAAGCCGGUUCGGGAGGAGGUUCUUGCUGUCGCCUCAUCAAGCCUAAGGAGAGAGAUUAACUUCCAGAAGACCACUUUUCAAUUCAUUUACGGUAGUGGCUUUGGCGGCGAAAAAUGGGUGAAGCCCUCCGGAAAUCUCAACUCGUUCAAAUGUCCGCCUGGUGGAAAGGUUGUGUUCGAGACUUCGCAGACUGCGAAAAUUGCAGAGGACCCCUGGAGACCUGAUGCCACGAUCAAUGCGGGUGGAAAUGGUGGAUUGUGUAUCGAGAUUGCUAACACUGCCACUUUCACCUAAUGACUUGCGAUUUCAUUUUUCUCCCCCUAUCUUCUCUUUCUUGGUCCCUCUCAAUACGUUGGUUGUCGGUGCUGUGGGAGCUUCUCUGGUUAUUGCUGUUAUGGUUUCGCCGUUCCGCUCGUAAUGAUUAUACUUUUCCUUUAUCUACGUUGUUAAAGGUGGUUCUUGUAUUCUGGAUAUUUAGAAAUGGAUGGGUGUAUGGUGAAAAUGGGGGUAUAUAGAAAUCUAGGGAUUGCUCCCGGGGUGCACGGGGGCUGUGUGGGGCGGGGAGUAUACCCCUGGUCCCUGGACAUCGAGUGAAAUAAUGGGUCUCGUAUGAGUAUUGCAAGGUAGCAGUAGGUGCGGUUUCGGGGAGUGUGGCCACCGUUAUAUAAGUGUGGAAACCCGGUAAACGGUAAAAAUCAAAACAUUGUAAGGGUUCUGGCAGCUAUGCUGGGAAUGGCGAUCUAGGUAAGGCACGAUGUCUGUGUUCUCGUUGGAGUUUGGUAAAGGGGAGGAAGACAGCUUCUCUUUUAAGCAGAUCCUUAGAGGUAAUGAAUUCUAAGUAGGAACUAUUGGAAUCGAGAAAUGUGGGGAAUUUUAUAUCAACCCUGACUGAGUGGUGUGAGUUUUGAAUAAUGUGCCAGUGAGUGGGAAAUAGAUGGCAUUA